GAGACGGGCGAUGGCUGUGGUCUUUCCGCUAAUGCAAACAACAAAACGGGCACAUUAGUGACUCCCGAGUGAGGCCCUCAUCAGUCUGACUGUUGGCCAAAGCUACAGAAGAAGCGAGGGUGUCAAAGCAGAGCGCGGCGACACUGAUAACAGCCUCAACUGCCUGCUGGGGCGGCAGAAGUGAGGUAACUGAGGACCGGAAGGAUGGUACAGUCCUGUUCCGCCUACGGCUGCAAGAAUCGAUACGACAAGGAUAAACCCGUUUCUUUUCACAAGUUUCCUCUUACUCGACCCAGUCUUUGUAAGAAAUGGGAGGCAGCUGUCAGAAGGAAAAACUUUAAGCCCACCAAGUACAGCAGCAUCUGCUCGGACCACUUUACCCCGGACUGCUUUAAGCGGGAGUGCAACAACAAGCUGCUGAAAGAGGAUGCUGUCCCCACGAUAUUUCUGUGUACCGAGCCACACGACAAGAAGGAAGAUCUCCUGGAGCCACAGGAACAGCCCCCGCCGCCUCCUUUAACGCCCCCCAUUUCCCAGGUUGAUGCUGCGAUCGGGUUGCUCAUGCCUCCUCUUCAGACCCCCGAUAACCUCUCCGUCUUCUGUGACCACAACUACACCGUGGAGGACACCAUGCACCAGCGGAAGAGGAUCCACCAGCUGGAGCAGCAAGUGGAGAAGCUCCGGAAGAAGCUCAAGACUGCGCAGCAGCGGUGCCGCAGACAGGAGAGGCAGCUGGAGAAGUUGAAGGAGGUGGUGCACUUCCAGAAGGAGAAGGACGGCGCCUCCGAGAGGGGCUACGUCAUUCUCCCCAAUGACUACUUCGAGAUAGUCGAAGUCCCAGCGUGAAAACGUGAGAUUUGUAUUGGUUUUUCAUGGGGCAAUACCACCUACCCUCUUUUACCCUAGAGAGGA